AGACCAUUGAACACUGUGACCAUGUCUUGGUUCCGGAAGAAAGCAGAGAAGCGCAUGAUCACUGUAAUGGCGUCGCACUCCUAUGAUUCGGAGCCCCAAAUAGUUCCAGUAAACAGUGAAGACCCCAUCACCAUCUCAUCCACCAUUGCCGAUGUUCAACUUUGCGUUAGGAUUAGAGGGUUCAACGGUUCACCUAAACACGACCCGCCCUUGAAGGAUUCGCCUUACUUCCAGUAUUGCGAAGAUCUCAAUAUCUCAAUUCAAUUUAGCUUUACCCCCAAGGAGGACAUAAACGGGGAGGACUUGCUCUUUGGGAACGAUUUUGACACUUCGAUUGGCGAUUUCUUACCUUAUGGUGCCGGGACCGCUCUCAAGUUGUUCAAGAGGUUUGUUGACCCGAGCGUAGAAGGAGAUUUGUAUUGCCCUAAGCCUUACCUCUAUGGCAAGGCUUUGAGCUCUUUAAACGUGAUUAACGAUAAUGCUGGAGAAAUAGACAAGGAUGUCUGUUCCAAACCCAUCGAGGAAGUUAUAGAUUUGUCCAACAUCGUCACAGAUGGCUCAGUGCUUCAGCCCAGCGAUAGACAGGUGUUUUUCCAAAAGAAGGAGAACUUGGAAAAGUUCACGUUUGAGAAAGGUCGAACUUAUCAGUGCGAUUUCUUCUCUGGGUUCUUGAGCUUGGAGGAUUCGAAUAUCAAGAUUGCGUUCCCAGGGUUCCAGCUGGACCUGACACCUUAUUUGAACGAUAAGUUCAACCGGAUUAGAUACGUUUUAAAAGUCGCUGGUAGCAGUUGUGAGGGUGUUGAUUGCGGCACCCCACUAUUGGUGUUAACAUCGAUUCUUGAAGUUGAUGAUAGAGAGACGGAUACGGAUGGCGAUGAUAGAUGAGGCCAGUACCAGGAAGGCGCUAUGUUAGCCUAGAGCCCAGGCGGAGACCACUUGACGGAGAAUACAUAUCCUGUAUAGAUCAGGAAUUGAUCUCGUAUAGCUGCAUAGCAUUCUCUUAAUUCUGAUCUACAUAUUGACAGCUGUCCAACGCCAGCUUGUGCAAGUGCCAGUAGUAUAGAAGUCAUGCACUCCGCAUUCGUCACCUUCUAAGGCCCAAACUGUAGACAGUGACUGGCCAUAAAGCUGAUGGAGCUACAGGUCGAUGUCCGAUUCGUACGUGCCACACAUGAAGUAUUGAAAGGUGUUUUUUUUGUUUUUUUGUGUCAAACGCAUCGCACUUGUUCCGUUGGAAGUUCUUCCGAAGGAUUCUCGAAAUCCUAUUGGCUGACAGCGGGCGGAGACAGUAGAUCGUGAUUCCUGCCAGCACUAAAACAAUGUCACCCAG